UCAGUAAACUCAUACUGAAAUUCAUUGCUUAUUGUUUGUAGGGCCAGAUUCUCGUAACUGCUUCGGCAAUCGGUCUACAGAAGUACCUAUCUCAUCCCUUAGGUAGACAGCAAAAAUAAGUGCUCAUAAAUAUGAAUACAUACUGUGAUUUAGAAUUGAAGGGUUUUUCUCGGAGGUGGGUAUAAUUUUGUUGGAAUUUGAAGCCAACAUCCGAAAUCCAGCUACAGCACUUCCGAGAACUAAUUGCGUACACAGUGACAAAUUAGUAACCUGGAAAACAAGAAUGGGAAUCAUUCACACAACUGCUGGUAUACGAUAUCUGUAGGCCACUCUGAUUUUUAGGCUAUACUAGCCAAAUCACUCCUUUAUCCAUCUUUGCUCAACCGCACAUCCUUUUACUUACCCGGAAAGUGAAAAAUCUGUUGGAUGGUUUAUGGGUGCAAGCGCGCUUAUUCACUUAUUACCCAAUUAGGCAUGAGUCAUAUCUUUCUUUAUCAUCAUGGAUAAGAAGAGGAGCAAGACAAGCAGGUCUCGUACGGGAUGUCUAACGUGUCGCAAGCGUAAAAAGAAGUGUGAUGAGUUGCUGUACCCAAAAUGUCGAUCUUGUGAAAUUAAAAAUGUGGAAUGCAUUUGGCCAACUUCAAAACACGAACUCCACCGAAAACUAGAACAAGUCAAGUAUGUGGCAGACUCGAAGAAACCCAUACGACAAGACUGGAAAUCACCAAACCAUAAAAAACACGGCUACUUCUUGGAGAGAAUAGCGAUGCAGCAGGACUGCGUUGAGGACCAGAUAGAGAAGCUGACAAAUCCAACCCAUCUGACCAAGACUGUGUUUGAAAGACAGGAUAUACAAGAAGCCACAGAAUUGAAAACCCUCCAUACUUUGAAUCCUUCUUUUGAUGCAAAGUAUAUCUCCAGUCCCCAUUCUACCACCUCAGUAAAGCCCCCUUUGCAGAAGCAUCUGUCCACCCAGCAAAGCUUAACUUUGGUUGACCCACUUACUCUACUUGAAGACUACGAUGAAAUACCAGACCCAAGUACAUAUUUUCUUGAAGACAUGCUGAUGCAGAUCCCUGGGUCCGCUACACAGCCCUUCUAGUUCAACUACAUGAUCAUCCGAGCUUGUUGUCUCCAAGUCUGAAAGGCUCAAGACUACACUUUUCAAGUCCCCAGCACUUUCGGUAACUCUGUCACUUCGCUACGUCCGUGAACUGCCCCAAUUUUGCCCUCAUAGAGUGUUCACUAUCAUCUACUAGCACUAGUUAAUAUUUAAUUCACACCACAAUAAUAAUAAUGAAUAGAAGCUACUUCUGAGUAGCAAUAUUUAGUAUAGCGAGCCCUUCGGACGAAACUGUUCUAUG